AUGGAGAACAGCCCAUCAGGUCUGGUCACCCCUCCCCUUGUCUCGCCUCGACCCAUCCAGUCCCAAAAGUCGUCUUCGUCCUCGAGUGAGAAUAACAACAACAACAGCGGAGGCAGCAACUGGAAAGUCGUCGGCAGUCCGCCCAGGAGACCUCUUCUGUCGCCUCCAGAGGAGCGAGAACGACACCGUACUCUGCAGGAGGCCGACACAACGACAGUUGAAGCACACUAUAACAAUAAACCAAUUGCCACCACCACCACCUUGCCAGUAGAUACCCCAGACCUGGCAGACUCGUCAAUGUCUGCCAGCAUCAUCACCGAGUCCUCGUCUUCCUCGUCUUCAGCCUCUUCAACUUCCAAUCCAGCGUCGCCUACAAUGCCGCAGUACAAACAAGGCCUCCCCCGUAUUCACACAGGCAAAGAAAUGAGCAGUACCGGUUAUCAGACAGCUCAUUCAGGAUCCUCCAGUACUCAGCAGGGCCUCUUUUAUGCUGUCGGUGGGCCAAUCUCCCCCUUCGCGAGGGAUUUUUUCACUGACGACUCGGCACCUCAGCCGAUGCACUUCAAGAGCUCCAGCACAGGGUCGCUUGGAAGUGCCGCCCUUGAGAGUUUGACUUUCCACAGCUUGCUUGGAGAACAGGGACCUUCGAUGUUGUCGGCUCACAGUCUUGGCCAAGAAGUGGGGUUGAAAAGGGGUAGUUUGAAACAUAACGGCAACACGCUGGAAUCGCCUCUCGCCAUGUCCUCGUUUGCCUGGGAUGGGCAAGCCUCGCGCGAGUCAUCCAAUGCACCAACCGCCAACAACAAGGCCUGCAAUAGAGCCAGCGCGCCCGCCGACAAUUUGCCAAGUUUGGGCAACCCUCUGGACGGCAGGUCGACGUACUACCCCCUCCAUAUGCAGACAUCCCGUUUGACAGACGACAGCAAUGCAGGAACACCCAAGACGACUAGGAGCAUGUCCUUUUCUGAGCCCAGUUUCUCCAAUGCGUUUGGUCUCGGCACAACCAAGUCGGGAUACGACCAGGACGACGAGGAUGUUUUGAGAUACCGACCACCUCUAGCUACUAUGGACGAGGAAUUGGAGGAUCCAAUUGAGGCACCUCGCAUGGCCCGAACAAGGAGCUUCUCGACAUCUGCGGCCCUUGGUUCAAGCGUCUUCUCUGGUGGACUUUCUACCUCGCUCUUUUCAGGCCCUGGUACACAGGGCCCCUUCAGUGUAUCCACGGGACCUUUGGGCGGGUCUGCUUUGGCCAUGGGCAACGAUGCCGUCUCACAGCGGAAUCGCAGGUUCUCGGGCGCUGGAGCGGCGUGGCCAAGCUCAAGUGGACCGGACAUUCUCCCUCUCAAUCAUCGACGAUCCAUCACUUCAACCUCUGGGUACAACGCACCCAUCUGGGAAUCCUCUGGACCAUUUCAGCCCCUUCCUCCAACCUCCGAAAGGGAACGCCAGCAGGACCGACAAUUGAUUGCCAGACGGUUCUCUGUUGCCCCAUCGUCAGGCCUCCAAAACUACGACGCCUUCUUGGACGAAGCUGAAUCGAGUUCACACUCUGCUCUUGGCAGCUUCAACCGAUACCCUCAAGAUGCCGAUGCCAUUCAGCAAAGUCCCCGUCGCCAUUCAGUAGCUGUUCCAGGUGACUCCUAUCUCCGCUCCAAAACGGCACCUUUCGACCUGACGUCCACAUUCGAUGGACUUCGACUUGAUGACUCUGAGCGCAACAGUGGUCACGGAUGGGGCGCAAGUGAUGGUCUUCUUGAGGAAGACGAAUACCAGGGAGACGUUGGAAACACCAAGAACCUUGGAAAGGGGCUUUCACUUGAUCAGUUACCACACCGUGGAUCGCUUUACAUGGUCGAGUUCAAGGCUGGCAGGAGCGAUCUCUUUUAUACCUCGGAGAAUAGCGGCCUCAACUUGAAGACGGGAGAUCUGGUCAUGGUGGAGGCAGACCGGGGCAAGGAUCUGGGAAAAAUCACCAACGACUACAUCACCCCACAACAAAUCCAAGCUCUACAGGCCCAACAAGCAGAGAAUGCGGUAUUGCAGGCUCAACAGGAUGGAGGAAACGGCGGACACAGAGCACCCAAAGAGAUCCACCCCAAGCGGAUUUUUGGUCUGGCUCAGUCAUCGGAGAUUGCUCAAUUGGUGAGCAAGAACCAGGACGAGAUUGAAGCCAUGAUCAUGUGUCAAACUAAGGUUCGACAGAAGCGACUUCCCAUGGAGGUUGUUAACGCCGAGUACCAAUGGGAUCGUCGCAAGCUGACGUUCUACUUCACCGCCGAGAAAAGAAUUGAUUUCCGUGAGCUGGUUCGGGACUUGUUCAAGAUGUACAAGACCAGGAUAUGGAUGUAUGCCUUGAGCUCUAGCAUGGCAAACAACUCCAGUACUGGACUUCAGAGCCUGGCCCCAGGGAUCCUCAACUCGCACGACGAGCUAGAGACCAACAAUGGACAAGACCGUGUCUGGAUCCUCGACCUCUUCAAAAAGCACGGGUACCAUAUCCGUCAUCUGAGCGUGCAGUGGCGAGUCAUAGUCGAGGCGGUCUACCUCGGACAAACCUGUACACAACUCUGGUCAUUGACGACAAAUAACUUUGCGAGCUCGUAUACCACCAAGGAGAUGGCAGAGUAUGAGCAGAUCCAGGAGGAAGGCGAGCUGACGUAUGAGGAGAGGAUGGAACCUGCGGUGACUGGGGACUUUUUGUCUCUUGAUUUUGUUGAGAACCCUGGACUGAGAUCGUUGGAGCUUGGAUGGAACCUGUGCGAGUUGUUUGACAUGUCGCCCGAGUAUGUCUACACGGCUUUGGCGGCGUUGCCUCAGUUGACGGUUUUGGAUAACAGGCUGAAUUCGGUCGAGCUGGAUCGGGUGUUGGAGAGUUGUCCUCGACUGCAGACGUAUCGCUCAUACAGGACCUCGGGGUUCCGCUGUUUUGUGGGACACGAGUGGUUGUCGUUACAGACUCUUGAGCUGGACAUACUGGUCGACAGUCAAGAGUUACUCCACCUCCUCAAGAGUCUGACUGGCCUACUUCAUCUUCACCUGCGAGGAUACCGGUCCGAGUCGGAGCGGUGCACAAAUGUUGGUCAUCUGUUGGGGAACCGGAAAAGUGGGAUCAAGUUGUUAUAUCUGCCAAGCAUGAGCAAAUAUUGGAAUGAGUGGUUGGGGAAGUUGGUUCUACCGUGGUUGACAGACUUAAUCGAGUACUCUUCCCCAGAGCUUGAUCCAUAUGUCACUAUGGGUCUGGCCCGUCAUUGCAAGGGGUUCCAGGCGUUCUUGCAAGAGACCAUCCAAGAGUCGACCCAUUACCCGUAUGGGUUUGAUCCUGUUCCAAACGUCUUUCGGUACCUGGUGGAGACCUGUCUCGACUUGCGCCUGCUGGAUGGAGUCCACCACAAGAUUGAUCUUGAAGACCUUGAGAGCCACGAAUGGGUGUGUUCUGAUCUUGAGGAACUCCGCUGUCAGUUUGUUGGAAUCUCUCGACUGGCAGUCUCUGAGGAAGCGAUUCUGGAGAGUGCAGAGGGUAAAAAUGUGGACGAGGACUUAAAGGAGCGUCAACGACUCGGUCGAGAGCAACAGAAAACAGUCUACAACCGCCUGUCGACAUUCACCCCACUUACGCGUCCUUGA